AUGAAGUUAUAUAAUUUAACUUUACAACGACCCGGUGGUAUAACUCAUGUCAUUCAUGGAAAUUUUUCUGGUCCUAAACAACAGGAAAUAAUUGUUUCACGUGGUUGUGUUCUUGAAGUUCUUAAGCCUGAUCCAAGUACAGGUAAAAUUCAUACAUUAUUGACAUGUAACGUAUUCGGUAUAAUACGUGCACUUCAUCCUAUUCGUUUAACUGGUAGUAAUCGAGAUUAUAUUGUCAUUGGUAGUGAUUCAGGUCGAAUACUUAUUCUCGAAUAUAAUGGACAAAAAAAUACAUUAGAAAAGGCAAGAAACGUACAUCAAGAAACAUUCGGUAAAUCAGGUUGUCGAAGAAUUGUACCUGGACAAUAUUUAGCUAUUGAUCCAAAAGGACGUGCCGUACUUAUUAGUGCCAUUGAAAAACAAAAAUUAGUUUAUAUACUUAAUCGUGAUGCACAAGCACGUUUAACAAUCUCAUCACCAUUGGAAGCACAUAAAGCAAAUACAAUAACAUUUCAUACAGUUGGUGUUGAUGUUGGAUUUGAAAAUCCGGUAUUUGCUUGUUUAGAAGUUGAUUAUGAGGAAUGUGAUAAUGAUCCAACGGGUCAAGCAGCAAAAGAUAUUAAACAAUCAUUAACAUUUUAUGAACUUGAUUUAGGUCUUAAUCAUGUUGUACGAAAAUAUUCAGAACCAUUAGAAAAAUUUGCUAAUUUACUUAUAACUGUACCUGGUGGUACGGAAGGACCAAGUGGUGUACUUGUAUGUUCAGAAAAUUAUAUUACAUUCAAAAAUUUUGGUGCUCAACCAGAUAUUCGCUGUCCAAUACCAAGACGUCGAAAUGAAAUUGAUGAUCGAGAACGUACUAUGAUUAUUGUUGCAACAGCAACACAUAAAACAAAAAAUAUGUUCUUUUUUCUUGUUCAAACUGAACAAGGUGAUAUAUUUAAAAUUACACUUACUCAUGAUGCAGAUAUGGGAAUGGUAACAGAAAUCCGUUUAAAAUAUUUCGAUACUGUACCUGUUGCUUCGGCAAUGUGUGUUCUUCGAACUGGUUUUCUUUUUAUUGCAUCUGAAUUCAGUAAUCAUUAUCUUUAUCAAAUAACUCAAUUAGGUGAUGCUGAUGAUGAACCUGAAUUUAGUUCAUCUGAACGACUUGAAGAAGAAGAUACAUUUUUUUUUGUACCACGUAAAUUAAAAAAUCUAAUAUUAGUCGAUGAAAUGGAUAGUUUAUCACCUAUAACUGCUUGUCAUAUUGCUGAUCUUGCAAAUGAAGAUACACCACAAAUUUAUGUAACAUGUGGUCGUGGACCUCGAUCAACACUUCGAAUUCUUCGUCAUGGUUUAGAAGUAACUGAAAUGGCUGUUUCAGAAUUACCUGGUAAUCCCGAUGCUGUUUGGACUGUAAAAAGACGAGCUGAUGAUCCAUAUGAUGCAUAUAUUGUUGUUUCAUUUAUUAAUGCUACAUUAGUUUUAUCAAUUGGUGAAACUGUUGAAGAAGUUACUGAUUCCGGUUUUCUUGGUACAACACCAACAUUAUCAUGUAGUCAAUUAGGUGAUGAUUCAUUACUUCAGAUUUAUCGUGAAGGUAUUCGACAUAUUCGAGCUGAUAAACGUGUUAAUGAAUGGCGUGCACCAGGAAAAAGAACAAUUACUAAAGCAGCUGUUAAUCAACGACAAGUUGUUAUUGGUUUAACUGGUGGUGAACUUGUUUAUUUUGAAAUGGAUGCUACCGGUCAAUUGAAUGAAUAUACUGAAAGAAAAGAAAUGCCAGGUGAUAUUAUUUGUAUGGCUUUAGGUUCAGUACCUGAAGGUGAACAACGUUCACGUUUUCUUGCUGUUGGACUUUCAGAUCGUACCGUUCGAAUUAUAUCACUUGAUCCUCAAGAUUGUUUAAAUCGAUUGAGUAUGCAAGCAUUACCAGAGGCACCUGAAUCUUUAUGUAUCGUUGAAAUGAAAACAACUGAAGGUGGUGUUAUUGUUGAUACAACUAGUGGUCGUGAACAACAAGUCGGACCAACUGGCACCUCAUUUUUAAAUAUUGGUUUACAAAAUGGUGUACUUCUAAGAAGUGUUCUCGAUUCAGUCACAGGUGAUAUGUCGGAUACUAGGACGCGUUAUAUUGGUUCAAAGCCAGUGAAAUUAUUUCGAAUUUUAAUGCAAGGAAAUGAAGCUGUAUUAGCUAUGUCAAGUCGUACAUGGCUUAGUUAUACGUAUCAAGGUCGUUUUCAUUUAACACCCUUAUCUUAUGAAUCUCUUGAACAUGCAUCGGGUUUUGCAUCUGAACAAUGUCCAGAAGGUAUUGUUGCUAUAGCUGGUAAUACACUUCGAAUUUUAACAUUAGAAAAACUUGGUGCAAUAUUUAAUCAAGAAAUUCGUAAACUUAAAUUGACACCACGUCGUUUUAUAAUUCAUCCUGAAAUGAAUUGGCUUUAUUUAAUUGAAUCUGAUCAUGCAUCAUAUACAGAAAUAAGUAAACAACAAAAUCGUGAACAAAUAGGAAAAGAAAUGAUUGAUGCAGCUGAUGAUGCAGAUAAAGAAGCUGUACGUGAAGUAGCUAAUGCAAUGUUAUCAGAAAAACUUCCUGAAGAACUAUUUGGUGCACCAAAAGCAGCUAAUGGUAUGUGGGCAGCACAAUUACGUGUUAUGGAUCCAAUUAGUGGUGAUACAAAAUUUGUUUAUGAAUUUGACCAAAAUGAAUCAGCUGUUUGUUUAAGUUUAAUGCGUUUUGAUACUCGACCAGCAGAUACAUUUUUAUUAGUUGGUGUUGCACGUGAUCUUACUCUUUCACCACGUUCACAUCUGGGUGGAAUGAUAUAUUGUUUUCUUGUAUUAGAGAAUGGCGAACGACUUCAUUUUAUUCAUAGAACUGUAGUAGAUGAAAUUCCAACGGCUAUAUGUCCAUUUCUUGGACGAGCUUUAGUUGGUGUUGGAUCUUGUUUACGUAUUUAUGAAAUUGGCAAAAAGAAAUUACUUAAAAAAUGUGAAAAUAAAAACAUUCCAAAUCAAAUAGUUACGAUACAUUCAUUGGGUAAUCGUAUAUUUGUAACUGAUGUACAAGAAAGUAUGCAUAUUCUUCGUUAUAAAACAAUGGAAAAUCAAUUAGUUGUAUUUGCUGAUGAUACAUGUCCACGUUUUACUAUUGCUUGUUGUUUAUUAGAUUAUAGUACUGUAUGUGUAACUGAUAAAUUUGGUAAUAUUGCUAUUUUACGUGUUCCUGUUGAUGCAAAUGAUGAUGUUGAAAUUGAUCCAACGGGAAGUAAAGGUUUAUGGGAUCGAGGUCUAUUAAAUGGAGCAUCAAAUAAAUGUGAUUUACUUGCUCAUUUCUAUGUUGGAGAAAUGGUUACAUCUGUUCAACGAGCAACAUUAAUUCCUGGUGGAUCAGAAUCUCUGGUUUAUACGACAUUAUCAGGUUCAAUAGGUGUACUUAUACCAUUUGCAUCAAAUGAGGAUUAUGAUUUUUUUCAACAUCUUGAAAUGCAUAUGCGAGCUGAAUAUCAAACAUUAGUUGGUAGAGAUCAUCUUGCUUUUCGAUCAUAUUAUUAUCCAGUUAAGAACGUCCUUGAUGGCGAUCUUUGUGAACAAUAUAAUCACCUUGAUAUAAAUAAACAGAAAAUGAUUGCCGAAGGUCUUGAUCGAACAACAAGCGAAGUCGCUAAGAAACUUGAAGAUAUUCGUACACGCUUUGCUUUCUAG